AUGGGGGCGGACGAUGUGUCCAAUCCGCUGGCGCCGGAUUAUGCCAAUCCGGUGCCCGAAAAGCCCAAGCCAAAGUCGAAUGCCGACUUUCGAAAGCUUCUGAUGACGCCGAGGGCCGUCGGCGGCGGCGGCAGGGGUGGGAACCGCGGCGAGUUCCAGAGACCCAAGCCAAAGUUCAAGCCCAAACCCCGCCCGAAGCCCGUCGAGGACGAGCCCGAGGGCCCGACGUAUCGCGACCGAGCCAAGGAGAGGCGCGAGGAGGCCAACCCGGACUACGUGGGCGAUCAGGCGCUCUUCCCCGGGGCGGUCCCGGGGAAGGUUCCGGGUUACGCGCCGCCCGGUGCACAGGACGAGCUCCGCCAGCUGUCCAUCGAGGAGUCUAAGUACCUGGGAGGCGACAUGGAGCACACGCACCUCGUCAAGGGAUUGGAUUUUGCGCUUCUUCGCAAGGUCCGCGCCGAGAUGAAAGAGAAGGAGAAGGACGACGCGCACGCCGAGAGGGAGAAACCGGAAGAUAAGGUAUCGGGGGAGGAGAAGAUUCCCGGGGAGAAGAAAUCGGAGCCGCCGAAGCCCGAGGACGACGGGCGAAGAUUCGACGAGGACGGAAGGGAGCUCGUUUUCCACAGCGACAUGGCGCGGAACCUGUACGACUGGGUCAUCGAGUCGAGCAAGGUACCCGACCCGAAGGACGUCCAUCCGGACUUUGCGUCGGGCAGACUGGCGUAUAGGUUCAACCUGGACGACCCGGACAAACCCCCGGAGGCGUUUUUGAAGCCCGAGUCGGAGGCUGUGCGCCCGCCGUACGUGCCCCCACCCAAGGAUCUCGGCCCGAUUGUUCCAAACGAGAAGUUCGCGUCGGGCAGGCUGGCGUUUAGGUUCGACCUCGACGAUCCGACCGACACGGUCACGACCGUGAUGCGGCCGAUGUCGGAGCCGCCCAGCCACAGGAUGUUCGGACCCGACUACCAGUUCGUAUCCGAAAAGGACAAGGAGUUGCUGCUAGACGUCGCAAAGAUUUUUAAGAAGCACGUGGACGCCGGGACGUGGCCGAUCCCAGACGAGAACUCGAAGGGCAAGGAUAAGAAAUCGAAGAAAAAAGCGGCGAGGGAGGCGGAAGCCGCCGCCGCGGCUGCCCGUGCGAGGGAGCUCGCGGAGGAGGAGGAACGCGCCCGGAAACUCGCGACUGAACCGGACUCGGACGAGGACAUCUUCGGAGACGCCGGGAAGGAUUACGAGCCGACGGUGACAAGUUUGGCUCAAGAAGGCGACAAGAAUAAGGCGUCCAUCUUCGGGGAGGACGAGCCCACGCACGACGGUUUCUCCGGGAGAAAGACGUACAAGAAAGAGGAGGCCAAGAAAGCGGACGGACCCGUGAUCGAGGACGUCUACGGCCUCGCCGGUCCCCUGCCCGCGCCGCCUGCGCCGGACUUUCGGUCCAUCGACCCGUGGAAGGAAUACUACGCCAGAUACGUCGCCGCGGGGACGGUGACGCGGGAGGGCGCGGAGCGAUGGGAUCCCAACGCGGCGAGCGAGUACCUUCAGACGAUUCCCGACUUCGCGCUCGCAAUCUCCGCGCACUCGGUCAAGCUUCAGGAGCGAGAGGAGGCGGCGGAGGCGGCGAGGGAGAAGGAGAGGGGAAUCCUAACCAAGGAGAAGGUCAAGCUCCGUCCAAGCGGCGACAAGCCGAUGGACGCCGCGGCGGCGAAAGCUGAGCUGGAGCGCCGCGCGGAGAUGUCGCUCGCCGCGGACGACGGGUACGGCGAGUGUUACGCCGGUGGUUUUGGGGAUUACGGCGCCAACGCUUACGAGAGCGACGACGAGGCUGACGGGCGAAAGAAAAAAGAGGCGGAGGACGCCGCCGACGGCGGCGCGGAUACCAAGGGCCCUAAACCCGGGGGCAAAGCGGGCAGGGCGGGUCCCGGCGCGAAGGGGGGUAAACCGGAUCUCAAGGCGCUGGAGAGGGAGAGGGACCAGAAGAUAAACUCCGAGCUCGGCAGCCUGCACAAGAUGAUGAAGGAGAAGUACGGCGACAAGGUUGACGUCGCCUUCGGAGAAGGGAAGGGCGGCGGCGAGGGGGGCGGCGGCGGCAAGCGCGCCGGUGAGGAGGAGGACGGCGAGGGGGGCGGCGGGGGGCGUAAGAAGCGCAUGAAGUUGUGA